CUCUCUGCGGUUGGGUAGCCUGGUAGUUAAAGCGUUCGCUCGUCACGCCAAAGACCCGGGUUCGAUUCCCGACUUGACUUAGAUAAUUUUGUUGAUGGCAUCCUGCAGUGCCGAAAAUACCAACUGUUCUUAUCAUUGAAAGAAGGAACUAUUCAGGCAUGCUGAUGAGCUUGGCGAAUUCACCAUUUUGAGAAACAAGCGAGAGGAAGUGAAGUUGAUGCAGUGUUAUGAUGGUGAUGUUGCAGCAGUUCAACUUUCAGUGGUCAUUAGGCCUUCUUUUGAAGCCACAGUUUAUGCUCAUCGACAUGAUAUUGGUCAUGAUCAUGAAUUGUGGAUUGGUUUGCCAAAAUACUUCACAACUGUAAGAGACGUUAUGCAACUUUUGUCUAAACUGUCAACAUACCAUGUUUGUUUUGGAAAUUACAAGGACAGGUUUGCUCACUUGAUUCCAGUUGGUGCAGGAAUUAGUGAAGGAGCUACUUCAACUAUAUCUGCAUACAGAGAAGGAGACUUUGGUGCCAACAUAGAUGGAAUAGCGUAUAGUUCCACAAUCCGUUCAUUGAUGUGUCAGUUUCUGAUUUCACGGAGAGACAGAUGUGGUCCUUGCAGCAGAUACAGAGCCACACUCCGAGCUAAUGCUAGAAGAGAGAGUCUGUCCCCGAAAACCCCUAAACUAACUUCAUUUACUCAUACUACCCACAAGAACAUGUCAAAGAUGGAAGUCAUCCAGAAGUAUGAACUGAUGAAAAGCAGCCGCAAUUCCAUUCAGUCUGAAAUGGAGCGUUUGAAGAGAACAAUAAGCCAGACAAUUUCCCAGAAAGGUCUUACGCUAAGUGUUUCAAGCGACUGA